AUGGUUACACAUGGGCCCCCAUUCCCAGGAUCUGCUAAUACGUCAAGCUCUCUCAAUCGGCAUUUCAUUUCCAACCCAACCGCCAACAGGCAACAGCAGUGGAAAGGGCGACGGCGGCAGCUCUACGAUUCGCUCUCCCCGGCGGCAAGAUCAGCACAUCCUCACGCUCAUAUCUGGUUGUACUCUGGACGAUGGCAGAUAAACGUGCCUGAACCGCUGCCUCUGCUCGCGCUCCCUAACGGCACCUUCUACAGCCUCCCCUGCACCAAGAACUUCCACUUCCCCGGCUGCGGCUUUGCUGGCUUUAAGAGCGCUUGUGGCAGCUGGCUCGUCUUUCCACGGGACGAUGGAUGCUUCUUGGUGAACCCUUUGUCCAGAGCCACAGUGACGCUCCCUGCUCUGUCCAGCGUUAGGAUCUGUCCUCCUGAUGCUGAUCUGAGCCAGGUACCUGUGGACCCUCCUGUGUUCACAUGGCUGCACAUAAAGGACAAGACUCUUGACUUGCGCAAGCUAAUGAUGUGUUCGCCAAACCUCGUCGCUGCGUUCGUCAACCAUCAUGGUGUGGGUCAAAUUCUAGUGUGCCAGCCAUGGGCAUCCUCGUGGUCAGUGCAAGCCAACGAUACGUGUAAGGGGUUUGUUGACAUGGCACUCUACCAGGGCAAGCUCUACACCCUUUCUCACCAUGAGCACCUCUGUGUGGUGAACAUCAGCCAGGACGAAACCACCUGGGAUCCACAGGUUUUUCGGAAUGAACAGGUCAUCAAGGGUGAUACCUUUUCUAUACUAAUGGAGGAAAAAAGAACCGGGGUCACUAAAAAGCUCUAUCUGGUUGAAUCACGUGGUGUGUUGCUAAUGGUGUGCAGGGAGGUUUGCUGUACGUGGGUACUCGAUAAGCUUGUGGCUGGACGAAACAAGUUUGAGGUGUUUGAAGCUGACUUCAAGCGGUCUCGGUGGGUCAAUGUGAUGACCCUAGGGGACGACCAGGUGCUUUUUCUAGGCCAAAGGUGUUCCAAGGCUGUACCUGUUUCUCAGUAUGAGAUGACAGGAGACCGCAUCUUCUUCUUUGAUGAUGAUGAGUAUUACGAUCGCUAUACUUACGAGGGCGAGAAUGCAUCCAUCGGCGUGUAUGACAUGAAAGACCAAGAGGUGUCCAUCCUUUCAACAGUCUCUUGGAAGCGUGACGGGAUGCGUCUGGCAACAUGGCUAUUCCCUCAGGACUGAAGUGAAAGUGUUUCUGGGAAAUCUCUUCAGUGCAGCACUAUAUGUCUGGACGUGUUAUAGUAUUUAUAUGGUUACUAGGCAAGCUGCUGGAUGCUGCUUUAUAUAAGGUGGUUAAGUUGUUAACUUUGUUAUGAUCUAUCUGUGCAAGCUGGUCCAUGCAUCAACACUUACUAUCUGACUUUUUGUGUGCAAUGAGCAAGGGCUCGAUGACUGAAGUUUGUGUUAUGCUCGUCCUGUGAACAUGUGAUACUUUAGUAUGAUGAAUUAUGUGCUGGUGUGGUUUAUCUUGA